AUGUCUCAAAAUCUCCUAACCACCCCAAAACUUAUUAUAAUUGCUGUGACUGUGAUCGCAAAUUUAAGUCCGAGUUAUCAUUGCAGCAACAUCUCACAGGCAAAAACCACCACGCCUGCGACCGAAACAAGAAGCAGAAAAAGCAAAUCCGCUGCAAAAAACGUGGUCUCACUUCUGCAAACCCGCUCGAAGUCGAGGACCAUCGAACAUCCGUGCAAGAAGAGAUUCAAAGGUCUUUCGGGGUUGAUAGGCCAUCUUGAGCACGGCAGAUGCGCUUCUGGAAUAACCCGACAAAAGAUCAACUCGUUGAUUCUAAAGCAUAAUAUAGACGGAUUGAUCAUCGACAUACCUGCUAGUGAUUCUGCACCAAGUGAUACAGAGGAUGGGUCAAGCACAACGUGGGAUGCCAUUGCGACCCCUGGUACAGGAUCUACGUUUUCUGUAGACCCUGAGGAGUGGGAUGGCAGGGGUGCAAUCGUUGCUGCAAGCCCUCGGUCGUCGAUCUCAUAUACGAUUUCAGAAGAGGCUGCAACUCCUACCCCCGAUAUUGGAGCUGAUGUAUCUUCAACUGAUGUAACGACUCUCGUAACUGUUUGUGCCCUAUCAAACGGGCGGCCGUUUACCAGCAGAUCGGCUCUGCAGGACCACAUUUCGUCUACAGUCCAUGAAAAGCGCAUCUUUCACUGCCCGAAAUCUUUGGACUCUGGGAAACGUGGCGCGAAGACGGGGUCAUUUGCUACGCUUAGUGCGCUACUCAGUCAUUUAGAAGCCGGGGUUUGUCAAGGCGGAAUUGAUACAUUUUGCGAAACGGUCAAGUAUCUUAACAUGACAUUAAGAGAUAUUGGCUUAGAAGAGGAAUUGCUAAAGCAAUACUAUAAUUUGUGA